GCGGUGCGAGGCGGUUUCCUUGGCUACGCCACAGGAAAGCGGAGGGCCGGUCCCUUCCGCCUGCGCGUCGGCGCUAGGAGCCGCGGCCGCCGCGCUGCGAGGGGCGGGCAGCGGGCGGGAUGGGCCGGAGCCGGGCCUAGCGGCAGCGGGCAGGCGGCCGCGGCCAUGAGCGGAGCUGCGGGCUGCCAGGGGGGCGGCGGCGGCGGCGACCGGGGGCCCCGCUGGAGGAGGCCGUGGAAGCUCCUGGCCCUUGGCCUGCUCUCCGCCUCCUCUGUGCUAGCGGCCGCCCCGGGCGCUGGGGCCAUGAGCAAGGAGGAAAAGCGCCGGCUGGGAAACCAAGUGCUAGAAAUGUUUGAUCAUGCAUAUAGCAAUUACAUGGAGCAUGCGUAUCCAGCUGAUGAACUCAUGCCUUUAACUUGUCGUGGACGAGUACGGGGUCAGGAACCAAGUCGAGGGGAUGUGGAUGAUGCCUUGGGAAAGUUUUCGCUGACCUUGAUUGAUACCUUGGACACUCUUGUGGUGUUAAAUAAAACCAAAGAGUUUGAAGAGGCUGUAAAAAAAGUAAUAAAGGAUGUUAAUUUAGAUAACGACAUAGUUGUAUCAGUCUUUGAAACCAACAUAAGAGUCCUUGGAGGUCUCCUAGGUGGGCAUUCAGUGGCGAUUAUGCUGAAAGAAAAAGGUGAAUAUAUGCAGUGGUACAACGGUGAACUUCUGCAGAUGGCAAAGGAACUAGGCUACAAGCUUUUACCUGCUUUUAACACCACUAGUGGUCUCCCUUAUCCAAGAGUUAACUUAAAAUUUGGUGUAAGACAUCCAGAAGCACGAACAGGAACAGAGACUGAUACCUGUACAGCUUGUGCAGGUACCUUGAUCCUUGAGUUUGCAGCUUUAAGCCGAUUCACGGGAACAUCUAUAUUUGAGGAAUAUGCACGGAAAGCGCUUGAUUUUAUUUGGGAAAAGAGACAGCGCAGCAGCAAUUUAGUGGGCGUUACUAUCAACAUUCACACUGGAGACUGGGUCCGCAAAGACAGUGGAGUUGGAGCAGGAAUAGAUUCGUAUUAUGAAUAUUUAUUAAAAGCCUAUGUCUUGCUGGGAGAUGACAGUUUCCUGGAAAGAUUUAACACACACUACGAUGCCAUAAUGAGAUACAUUAGCCAACCGCCUCUUCUUCUUGAUGUUCAUAUUCAUAAACCAAUGCUAAAUGCUAGGACCUGGAUGGAUUCUUUGCUAGCUUUCUUCCCUGGAUUGCAGGUGUUGAAGGGCGAUAUUAGACCUGCUAUUGAAACCCAUGAGAUGCUGUAUCAGGUUAUAAAGAAGCAUAACUUUCUUCCAGAGGCAUUCACAACAGACUUUAGAGUUCACUGGGCUCAGCAUCCUUUAAGGCCUGAAUUUGCGGAAAGCACUUACUUCUUGUAUAAGGCUACUGGGGACCCUUACUAUCUAGAAGUAGGAAAAACACUCAUUGAAAACUUGAACAAGUAUGCAAGAGUACCUUGUGGGUUUGCCGCAAUGAAGGAUGUUCGUACAGGAAGUCAUGAAGACAGGAUGGACUCUUUCUUUCUGGCUGAGAUGUUUAAAUAUCUUUACCUGCUGUUUGCUGAUAAGGAAGACAUGAUUUUUGACAUUGAAGAUUAUAUCUUCACUACAGAAGCUCAUCUGUUACCACUCUGGCUUUCCACUACAAACCAAACCGUCUCUAAAAAAAAUACAACUACAGAAUACACAGAGCUGGAUGACAGCAACUUUGACUGGACUUGUCCGAACACCCAGAUUCUUUUCCCAAAUGACCCUAUGUUUGCUCAGAGUAUUCGUGAGCCUUUGAAAAACGUGGUGGAUAAGAGCUGUCCUAGGGGAAUUUCCAGAGCAGAAGAGAGUUUGGGAAGUGGACCAAAACCACCACUGAGAGCCAGAGAUUUCAUGGCCAGUAAUCCUGAACACUUGGAGAUACUGAAGAAGAUGGGAGUCAGUUUGAUUCAUCUGAAAGAUGGAAGAGUACAAUUAGUACAGCACGCAGUGCAAGCAGCAAGUUCCCUCGAUGCUGAAGAUGGCUUACGGUUCAUGCAGGAAAUGAUUGAACUCUCCAGUCAGCAACAGAAAGAGCAACAGCUGCCUCCUCGUGCUGUUCAAAUUGUUUCCCACCCGUUCUUUGGCAGGGUGGUCUUGACUGCCGGACCAGCACAAUUUGGGAUGGAUUUAUCCAAACACAAAGCAGGGACAAGAGGAUUUGUUGCAACCAUUAAGCCAUAUAACGGAUGCUCAGAGAUCACUAAUCCUGAGGCAGUGAAAGAGAAAAUUGCUCUGAUGCAGAGAGGCCAGUGUAUGUUUGCUGAAAAGGCACGGAACAUUCAAAAAGCUGGAGCGAUAGGUGGCAUUGUUAUUGAUGACAACGAGGGAAGCAGUAGUGACACAGCUCCUCUCUUCCAAAUGGCUGGUGAUGGAAAGAAUACAGAUGAUAUCACGAUUCCCAUGCUCUUCCUCUUCAACAAGGAAGGAAACAUCAUACUGGAUGCAAUCCGGGAGUAUGAGGCUGUGGAGGUGCUCCUUUCUGAUAAAGCGAAAGACAGAGCAACAAUCUUUAAAGGUAAAAUGAUUCCAAACUACAUUAUUGAUAGCAACUUGGAAAUGGAGAGUAUGGACCAGAAAUUAUCUGAAAACGAUUCACAUAAACAGAAUUCAGAAGAAGCUACUUCGGCAUCUCAGGAUGUUGGUGCAGUCAGUGAGGAGCCUGAAGAAGGAGAAAGCUCUGAUGUUACUGACCCUGAGUCCUUAUCUCCUGCUGACGCAGACAGUGACAGCAUUUCCAUUUCAAAUCAGGAUUCCUCUGUCCCUGGAACCGACGAGGCCAGUGCCCCGGAGCCAGCAUGUACGCAAGGGGAUCACCAGCCUCAGGAACAAAAGACUGAGACAGAGUCAAAUUCCAAAGUUAACUGGGAUAAUAAAGUCCAACCCAUGGAAUCCAUAUUAGCAGACUGGAAUGAAGAUAUAGAAGCAUUUGAAAUGAUGGAAAAGGAUGAGCUAUGACUUGUAAUAAUAACUUAUUUGUUAAUAAACAAGUGGAGAACUCUUUGGGUAAAAGUGAGGCCCUGAUACCUGAGAACUAGGAAACAUAUUCAGUAUUGUGAUGAGCAACCAGGUUUCACCUGGAAAUGACCACAGAAAUCCAGCACGGGCUCUUUGUAUUGUUUUAAUUUUUCCUGUUUAAAAAUGGGAACGUGCAAUCGAAGCAUUUGUCUGGCUCCGCCGCAUGGUGCUGUAACCCAGGAGUCUCCUUCAGGGAACCAGCCCGACUUCUGCCUUCCAGACUCCAAGAGGUCUCGCUCCUUUGGCCUCUGGAAGGCACAAGUUGAACACGGUGGGGUUAACGUGCCGGGUAACGGUUAUCGGUGAGGGCACCGGAAGGCAGUAGGUAAGCCACUCCUCUGGCUCGAGCGAAGGUGCGGUUUCACUUACCAUUACUGAGUUGAAAGGCUUCACUGAUAGCAGCGGGUGAAAUUACGUUUCCAGCUGUCUUGUCUUUAAGACACAGCUAGAAGCGGUUUGAUUUCGUCCUGACACAUCAUGCCGAGACGUAGUAGUGUUGCUCAUCACUCCUUCCAUCUGUUACCAUGAAGAACGACCAUGAGGACAUGCGAGUUCUCCCUUCUGCUCCACUUUCAACUGGAGAAACGGUAUAAACCAAAGGCGAUGUGUGCUUUGUAAACAGGUUCCAUCAGGGAAGCUAAGGCAGCCUUGCUCGUUUGGGGUCUACCAGAUACAGCUUCACGGUGCGUUGGGAACAUUAUGCUUGAGGUUAAGGUAAAGUGGACAAGGUAGAUGUUUCUCUUGGCCUUCCAGGUUGAAAAACCGACCCUGAGAUAAGGAAUUUAAACUGGCAAUAUUCUCUGCAAGGACACUAAACAGAACUAGAUCAGCAUAUAACAAAAAAAAUCUUCCUUUUUCUACAAAUUUGAUUUCUAACAGCUUGACUGUGCUGUCAUCUUUUUAUACGCAACUCCUAUCUGUGUGAUACUUCCGGCAGUGAGGCCAGUACCAGUAGUGAGGCGCAAGUUUUGGCUUGUUGGGUCCGUCGUUGGAAGUCCAGCGGCAUGAGCGGCCAGGCUGACUGGUGUUGCUCGGGGUUCCAGGAGUUUGCUACAGGUAAGUGUGAGUCCUCGUUUGUUAUCCCUAUUACGAAAAACAUUAUUUAAAUAAAAAUGGGGAUGUUUAAACAACCGAGAGACAUUUUGACUGUGUCCAAAGAAACUGCCAAAAACUAAUUAACUUGAUUUAUAUAAACUGCUUUUAGUGAAUUGUGGUUCAAAGAAUUGUUUUAUAUUAAAGAGUAAAUGAACACUGCCUAUAUGCUGCACCAGGCUAGAAAUGGAGGUUUAUAUUCAUCUUCACAACGGAAUAGAGAAAAGCCCCAAUCUGAAUUGCACCUUUCAUUUAGCUGGUGAAGUUAUGUGUGCUAAAUAUGCAACUGUUAAUUAGUCCAGCCAUACUGUAUGUAUUUCUGUCUACUCCUGCACAGUACGAAUGCCAGGCAGACGCUGCAGACGUGAACUCAAUGCCACUUGCUGUCGAGAGUAUCCAAAUGCACAGGCACCUUUUGAGAGCACGACAGUCAAUCAGACUAUGAUCCAGAAACUGAUAACUUUAAAUCACUAGAGUAGGAGGUAAUUUUGAGGAGGAAAUGGAGUGUUAGUGGAAUAGCGAAUAAGUGUCCUUUUAAAUAAAUCAGCUUUUAAAUGUAGUUAUAAUUCCUUUGCACAAAUAACCAUAUGGAGGUUUGGACUGAAUGAGGGGGCUUGAAGCAGCCAGGGCUUUUCAGUUGAGAUUUUUUUUUUAUUUAUGUUUUUUGUUAUGUGAGUUUCUUCACAUAAGGAAUUUGAUCGUGGGAGCCUUUUAAGUGUCCUUUGUUACUUGGAGCACCGGUGCGUCCCCGGGGGAUGCUGCGCUCCCCUGGCAGCACCUGGACUCGAAGCAGCGUGGCCAAGCGCGGUCAGCUGCAGCAGCGGCGCCAUGGGGUCAGCUCCCGGGGCCUUGCUGGUAACUCGUUUCAUCUGCCGGUGCGUGGUGCCACAAAAGGAGCAUUUUUGUUCCCGUGCUCUUCAAUAUGGGCUACAGCUUCAUCCCCGUUAGCUCUUUUGGUGGAAAUAGGAUUAUUUUUAUAGUUACAGAGGCCCUCUGGUCAUUAUGUUAAGACUGUCAAUAUUGCAACUAAAGGUUUUCUUUUUUUUACUUGCAGAAAAUUUAUGUGUAGAUGCAAAAUUUUAUUAAAAGGUUAACUUUCCUUGCCACCAGCAGCUCAUUUUUAGUUAACUGCUUUUCCACAUCUCUUGAUAAAGCAGCAGACAUUAGCUCUCCUUUUAAGGGAUUUGCGAACGAUCCCAGAACCCUGUAUGGAUUUGAAGCAUCGUUUUGGUGGUGGCCUACCUCAGAGACGUAACUCUUGCCUCCUUCCUUUUGGGUAGGGCUUUGGGUUUGGGGUUUUUUUUGUUUGUUUCAGUCUGUUCUACUUUACCUUUGAAACUGUCACGAGAGCCAUAGCUUUGUUUACAGAACUGAAUGGGGUAGGGUUGACCUUUUGGGAGAGAGGACUAAAUUGGGGGGGGCAGUUUUAUUCAGGUUAUUUUCAAUUUGUAUUUCCUUAUGAGGAAAUAGGCAUUAGUUUAACCUUUUCAUAUCAUUCUGAAAAGAAUUCAAUUUUCUGUCACUGUCAUCUUAAAAAGCAAGAAGAAUGUAUUAAAAAAAAACCAACAAACCCCUAACUUUUGGAGAGGGGAGUAAGCCUUCCCAAAAUGCUAGAAGUCUGCUCCCUCCGUGUGGAGUAUCGCCUGCACGUCAUUCAUCAGUCGUCUCCUCUUCCUUUGUACGGGGUAUUUUACGGUUACUUGUAUGGUAUUGAACACUGAAGAAUUCAGGAAUCGCAGCUGGAGCUAGCACUUAUCCCAUGCCAUGUAAUUCAGAUCAGCCAAUUAAGUUCUUAUUUGAUCUUACAGGAAUAUUCUCAAUUGUUUACAUUUAUUGUAUCUUAAUGAAGUUUCAAAAUGAGCCCAGCUUUGGUUCUUCUCCUGCUGCCAGCGCACCUGAAGGCACAGCGGUAGGCGUAAGUGUAUGUUGAGAGGUUCAAAACGGGACAUCUUAUGCAAAAGGCAUCAGUCAGAACAUAGAAAAAAACAAAACAAAACAUUCUGUGAAUGAAAUAUUGUAUGUUCAGAUUUUAUAAGAUUUUUUUUUUUUAGCCAGCCCAAUUUACAGCCGUAUAUUUUCUUAUGAAAGAUGUCUAAUAACAGGUGCUGUAACACUAAUGUUGGGUUUUACUGUCUGGUGAUAAGUGUAUACAAUAUUUCUAAGGGCAACUAUGUACUGUGA